AAUACUUUUCCCAGCGAUGAAUUCGUUUACAAUUUUGUGGUCUUUUUUGGUGCUACUUGUAGCGGUGCAAGGCAAAUACUCCAAAUUGCGUCAAUUAGAACAAAUCGACAGCAGGAUCGACGCUGUCAAAAAUGUAGCCGUCUUUCAGGCCAACAGUCCUGAAGCGAAUGUCAUUUCACUGGACGAUGUUCAGCAGCAACUUGUCUACAGAAUUGGAGCUCGUCGAGCAGGUGACCGACUGGUGGCAACAGGUGCUCAAAACAUGACCUGGCCAACGCUGCGCGAUGUCACACUAACCCUGGACUAUCCGAAAACCGGAGUCGGAGCGUACGUCACCUAUGUGCAAGUUAACGUUGUUCAAUCAUCGAGCCUUGGAAAAGCUUACCUCGUACGCGGAGGUAUCGGCCAGCGCUUCGUGUCUCUGCUAGUGCAAGCCUUCAGUACCACCUUCUUUAAUUACACUGCCGUAAUUUAUGGCAUUUAAAUGAGACUUAUAUUUGAGUAGAUAGAUUAGUGGAGUAAUACACGGAAACCUGCAUAAAAGAAACCCAGAACCGGAAUUUAUUUAAGUCUGUGUCUUGAAGAAAUUAGUGAUAGC